AUGAUGAACCUCGACCCUUCAUCGAACAGUUUCAUCACCAUCAUCUACCUCGUCACCAAUUUAAAGAUGGUGGUCUACAGCAACACCCACAUCAACCCUGACGAUUACAACAUCGAAGCAAACUUCACAUUCUUCACCUACCACCUACCAGACGACAACGACUUCAACUUCAGCAUGGAGUACUGGGAAUCAACAGACAAGACGCCCCUGGGCGGGACUAGUUAUAACAGCUACGAUAUCAUUGGUGACACGGAAAAGGCGCCCGUUUUCGUUAAUUCAAAUCCUCCAAUCAAAUUUAAGAAGAGCAAUGAGCAGGACAAGAUCGAAGACUUCCUGGCCAUGGUCGAGGAAUAUGAGGAUAGUAAGGCCAACUGUAAGCCUGGAACUGAAUUCAACCUAGGGUCAGGGGUCAUCAAACAGUACGGGUUAAACAGGUUCAAAUCUCAGGCAAUGAUUGCUGUAAACAGAGCUAACUUCUUGACCAGGCUAUGGAAGGUGGCCGAGAGGGAAGUUCUCAAUUCCGAGUACCUUUUGUACGCACAAGUCAGGUCCAUAGUGGAGUCGGACCCGGAGAUAUUUGCCGCAGGAAACUGCUAUGACAAAGAGGAGUUCAAGGAUUACUACCUGUUCUGUCCAUUCGCCUACCGUCUGGAGGACGGGCGGAUCAAUGUCAAGGACCUUUCUUUGGAGUAUGACUACCUGGGCAACACUUCCGAGUUCUUCAUCAGCGCCAGGAAGAAGGCUGCACGGCUCGGGAGUUUCAACAUCACCAAGG